AUGGUGCCGCUAGGGCCCGGGCCAGGCCAUCCUGCCGCACAUCAAACUCACGGCGGUCCCUCGAGCAACUUAACCGGCCCAAAUUCUUUAUCACAGAGUUCCUCGCAAUCUAAUAAAUCGUCGGUCGCGAAGCCGAAUUACACGCUCAAAUUUACCCUCGCUGGUCACACGAAGGCGGUCUCGUCUGUUAAAUUUAGUCCAAAUGGCGAAUGGCUCGCUAGUUCCUCUGCCGAUAAACUCAUCAAAGUGUGGGGUGCGUAUGAUGGAAAAUUUGAAAAGACCAUAUCUGGACACAAGAUGGGCAUCAGUGACGUAGCAUGGUCAUCUGAUAGUAGAUUGAUUGUCAGCGCUAGUGAUGACAAAACACUUAAGGUUUGGGAAUUAAGUUCAGGCAAAUGUUUGAAGACACUAAAAGGACAUAGCAAUUAUGUAUUCUGCUGCAAUUUUAACCCACAGAGUAAUCUUAUUGUUUCUGGUAGUUUUGACGAGAGUGUGCGAAUAUGGGAUGUAAGAACAGGGAAAUGUUUAAAAACCCUCCCCGCGCAUUCAGAUCCAGUCUCAGCUGUGCAUUUUAAUAGAGAUGGAAGCCUUAUUGUAUCUUCAAGUUACGACGGCUUAUGUCGAAUCUGGGAUACAGCAUCUGGUCAGUGCCUUAAAACCCUCAUAGACGACGACAACCCCCCGGUGUCUUUUGUGAAAUUCUCCCCCAAUGGAAAGUACAUACUCGCCGCGACGUUGGACAACACGCUAAAGCUAUGGGACUACAGUCGGGGCAAAUGUCUCAAGACUUACACUGGACAUAAGAAUGAGAAAUACUGUAUUUUUGCUAACUUUAGUGUUACUGGUGGAAAGUGGAUAGUAUCUGGAUCGGAAGACAAUCUCGUAUACAUAUGGAACCUGCAAUCUAAGGAGAUACGCUCGAGAACGACAAGACAAUUAAGCUUUGGAAGAGCGACACCUAGUGAAAACGUGUGGAGGUGUGACCUACAAAUCGUGGCUUCAUAUUGA